AUGUCUUUUUAUUGUUUUGAAACAAGACAAGAUAGAACUCUUGCUCCUUAUCCUCCACCAGAAUUUAGUCAACAUGUUGAAAAAAUGUCUCCAAAUGAAAUUGUUGAUCAUAUUAUACAAACCAAUAUAGAUCCAAUGACUUUAAAAAAGAUAGAAAAUCAAAUUGCCGUACCAUUGAAACAAUUAAUCUCUCCACGUGAAAAUCGACGUAGACGUUGUAUACCAAGACCACAGAAUAACUUUGUUUUGUAUAGAAGAAACUUCCAUGCUGUUAUAACAAAAGAAAGAGGUCAUGCUGUUGCAAAAAAUUUCAAAUUGAUUUCAAAUAUGGCUGCAAAAAAUUGGGCUGAAGAAUCUAAUGAGAUAAAACAACUUUAUGAACUUAUUGCUGAUUGUGCAAAGAAGGUUCACGAUUGCACAUAUCCUCAAUACGUAUAUCAACCCAAACAUAAAUCUUCAAAAAAAGGGAAUAAUAAUAUAUUUCGUGAAGUUAGUGUGGAAACUUGUAAACAAAAAACUGAAAAAUCUAAAGAUAAACCACAAUUCCAAUUACCAUCACAAACGUCGACAACAUUAUCGUCAUACACAGAAUUACUUCCUCCGAUUGACAUUCCAAUUUCUUCCAAUUUCUUGGCUGCAUAUGAUCGGAGUCUUUGGGAUAAA